CACUGACAUAUGAAUGUAGGCAAAAAAACACGAAGGAGAAUAAACGAGAGAAAUCUUUUGCUCCACGGAAAAAUUCAAUAAAAUUCGAUUUAUUAUUGAUAAAUUAACAUAAAAUUAAUUGAAAGUGCAAAUAUUCAAUAAAUAUUAAAUGGAAUUUAUAAAAUUUAUGUUAAAAGAGAAGAAUAAAACACGAUUUUGCAGCAAGAAAAACCAAGUGAAAAAAUUUCUAUGGCCCCGUGAGAAGGUGUGUGUGUGUGUAACAAAUAACACGAAAGAAAAAAUCAAAAAGCAGCAAGCAGCACAUCACAACAAUAAAAAAAGUUCAAAUUUUUCUCCCCGUACUUGUACUCGGCACAUAAAUAUAUAUAUUACAUAUAUCCAUAGCUGCUGCUGCUGUUGUUGUUUGUUUUGUGUGAGAGACGAGAGCUAUCCGUCAUCUUCAUCAUCUUCUGGAAUCAAGCAGCAGCACCACAGUCAGCCGUCAGCCAGUUAGUGUUUGGCAAAAGAAAAUUGAAAUAAAAGCAAAUAAACCAGAAAAAGAAAAUUGAGAGAAAAAAUAAGCAAACCAAUAAAUGUGUGUGUGUGUGCGGUUGGAGGAGAGCGCCGCGCAAUGAUGUUGAGAUGUGUGUGAGAAAUCAUUCAAUUCAAUAAAUGUGAAAACUAGUAUUAUUUUAUACACGGUUUAAACGGCCGGACAGACGGACAAACGUUUUUGGUCGGUUAAUUGUUGGGUCAUCGACGACGAUAUCGUUGAGGUGUUUUUUGUGUCGAUCCCAAAAGUGUAUUUGUGUAAUGAACGAGUUUUUUGUUUUCUUGUGAGAUUUCUGUGUGUAUUACCCCUAAAUCGUGUCGUCGUAUCGCAGCAUAUCGUGUCGUUUGGUGUCAUUCUCGGUCGCUCGAUUAGUCUCUGGCCGUCGUGGUCGUGUCAAUAUAUAGGUAAAUUUUGUUGUAUUUUAACAAUAAAAUUUGUGCGAUAUUUUGUUGUUAUUGUUGUACGUCUGUCACACACAUCGAUUGAAACAAGAGAAUGUACAUAAAGUUGUGUGCAGACGAGGACAACGAAUAGUUUUGCAAAAGAAAACAACAAAGCCAUGGUGUUUUGAUCUAAAAAUUUGUGAAAAAGAAAUACGAAAUGAAGAAAAUGUUAUUAAAAAAGAUGUAAUGAAAAGUAAUUGAUAAAGAAAAAAAAAAUAUCCCAAGUGAAUGUCCACCUAAAGAAGACGAAAAAAAUCUAUCAAAAGAUACACACAGUGUUGCAUUUUUUUGGCUACCUAACAACUACCUACUUUUUUACCCAAAAAAAAAACGAAAACAAAAACAAACAACAAAACAAAAAAUAUACAUAUUGAUUGUGCCGAAAUAAACAACAACAAAUAACCAGCCAGCCAACCAGCAACACCAGUAUGGAUUAAUCUUCGUGCUUGGCCUCGCUCGCCAAAAUAAAAAACAAACAAACAGACAAAUUCGCAUAACAGCACAGCACUUGUUUGGAUUAAGUUAUUUCAUCAACAGUAAAAAAAAUUAAAUCACAAAUUCCAAGCUCAAGAAAGCAAAACAAUUCAAAUUUAAUUUGGAAAAAAUCCUGAUUUUCUUGUAAAAAAAAAAAAAAAAAAUAUGAAUCAUCAGUUGUAAUUAAAACAACAAGAAUAGUAUUUACACCAUCAACCCAUUUAAGACAAAAACCUUUGCCGCUUUGCCAAUCUCUUUGCCUGCCGCUCGCGCCCAACCGCAACAGGAAACAGCAACCCCAUGUCCCACAACAGCAAUCGCAGUCUAUCGAAAAGCAGUCGCAGUAGCAACAAACAUCAACACUUCAAUAGCAGCAACAACAUAGAGAGCCCCAGCAGUAGCAGCAGUAGUUGUAGCAACAGUGACGCCAACAGAAGCAGAGGCGGCGGCAGUGGCCAGAGUUACAGUAACAGCCAAAAUUAUACCAGCAAUUACGAUAAUAAUUUCACCAACAGUUACAGCGGCAACUACAGCGGAGACUAUAGCAUCUACACCUAUACGAAUUACAAUCAAAAGCAGCAACAACAACAAGUGCAGCAGCAGGACGAACAGCAGCAGCACGAUCAUCUGAAGGAGUUGCAACAGCAACAGAGAAACCAAUAAAGGAAAUAACAUCAACAACAACAACAACCUUUCAACCAUAAUAAAGCAGCAACAAAAACAAGGCAGGCAAGCAAAAGAAAUUACGCGCCAAAUGCUAAACCUAAAUUAUUAUGGGUCGUUCCAAGUUUCCCGGGAAACCAUCAAAAUCGAUAAAUCGUAAGCGAAUAAGUGUUUUACAAUUAGACCCGAAUACCAGCAGCAGUGGUGGUGGCGGCAGUGCGGCUGUCAAUGAAGCUUCAGGGCCGGGGACAGUAGCUACUGUAGGCGGGGGAGGAGGGGCAGCAGCUAACAGCAGCGGAACUCAUCACAACAGCAGAUCCUCCUCUGCGGCCGGAGAAAGUGCAUCGGGCUCCCAAACUAAUGCCACAGCAACAGCCUCAUCCUCAUCAAAUUCCGAAGAUGAGGAGAAUCUCAGGCAAACGAAAACGCCGCAAGCGAAGGAGAAGCAGCACCAGGGAAAUGGAGAUCCAGCCGAGGAGGAGAAGGAAGAUGACGAAGAUGAUGAUGACGACGAGGAGCAGGAGGAUAAUCACUUAAAUAAUUGUGAUAAACAUAAAAAUGGUAAAAGGGAAGACCAUGAUGACGAUGAUGAUGAGGAGGAGGAGGGGGGACAUUUUUCUGCCCGGGGAAAUGGCAGCAGUAGCAGCAGCAGUGGUAGUAGCCGCACCACCACAAAUGGCUAUGGUGAGGCCAGCAAUUCCUCAUCCUCUUCUAUGGGAGGUGGUCAAAGACACAAUGGUGGUGGCAGUAGCACCCAUAAAACCUCACAAAAUUCCCUGGCAUCCAUUAAAAUUCCCAAGCCCAGUUUAAGCGCCAAAGUGGAGGCUAAUUGCAACUCCAAUAAACCUAAGACAAGCCAGGCAAAAGCCAAGGAGGAGCAGCAGCAGCAGCAGCAACAAGAGAAAAAGGAAGAUCGAUCCUCCAUCAGCGACGAAUGUAGAAAAUCUUUAAAAUCCCCUCCACCUCCAGCACCACCAUCCUCCUCAUCCACGUCCUCAGCAACAUCACAACAGAAAUCUUUGCGUAAUUGUAAAAAAUUCAAAAAUUUAAAUAUUCACAAACCCGAAGUUAUGCUGCCGUCAUCGUCGAAAUUAAAAUUGCAACAACAGCAACAACAAAAUUCCCAUCCAGAAAAAUCCCAUGCAAAAACAAUUCCCGCCUCCCCAGGUCAGCAAAGCUCCUUGGCCACCAGCAGGCAAGAAACAACAACAGAACCUGUCAUCGGUAAACAGCAACAACAACACCAACAUACACCACCACAAAUAUGCGAAAUGUCAUCAUCAUCAGGCUCUACAAAAACAACAACAUCAUCUGUUUCAGCUUCACAACCACCCUCCCCUUCCAGCUCCACAGACAAGUCCCCAACUUCAUUAUCAUCAUCAGCAUCACCACGUCAGACCAAUAAUGAUGCCCAAGAUGAUGGAGUUCUCCGCUCGGAUACGUUGGGGAAAGACAACAACAAGAAGGCCGAAGAUGCUAAUAAUGUCGCCGUCACUGCUGCUUCCACAGUCAGCUUGGAAGAACGGAAGAACAGUUGUAUUGGUGUUGACCAGAAUGAUGAUGAUCAUCAUGAUGGAGAUGAUGAUGAUGCCGUUGGUGACCGCCAUCAUGGCGGUGAUGAUGAUGGAAAUUCCAGUUCUCCCCACUCCCAUGACUCGAAACCUGCACUGAAAUCUUCAAAUCAGGAGCAGCCUGUCCUUCCUACCAACAACCAAGGCGGUGGGGAUACCAGUGAAUCAGCGGAAAAUGCACAUCCAAGUGAAGAGAAUAGCCUGAAAUCUAAAACCAAUUCCACAACUGUCGCCGAAAGUACGACAGUGGCCCAAGAUAUGGCCACCUCCUCGGCGGCAACAAAUGGCUCAUCAUCGGCAAGCUCCUCCAGUACACCCAACAGCUCGACAGACAAAAAACAAAAGAAAACGGUCACCUUUAAAAAUGUUCUCGAAACAAGUGAUGACAAGAGUGCCGUCAAGAAAUUCUAUAACCCCGAUAACCGUAAACCCCUUAUCUCGAUUAUCAAGAAGGAAUGUCUCAAUCGGCCGCUUAUGUACACCCGAAACAGUGAAUGCAUUGUAAAACCCUCACGACUAACGGAAAUUUUGAAAAAUAAUUCAAACAUUGAUAAAUUGAAUUCAUUGAAAUUUCGUUCGAAUUCGGUCUCAUCAACGACAUCAUCAUCGUCAUCGGUUUUAUCUGGACCUUUGUCAAGGGUAUUUGGAGCCCCCUUGCCACCGGAUGAUGAGGAGGAGCAACAAAAUCAAAAUGUUAUUAAUUUUCGUCUCAGCAAACCGGCACGUAAUAAUAGAGACGAAGAUGAGGAGGAGGAGGAUGACGAUGAUGGAGAAGAUGAUGACGACGAUGAGGAGGAAGAAGAACAGGGGGAAGGAGACGAGGAAAUGGAUGAAGAUGAACCUGCCAAGGGAGAGGAAAAGGGUGGUGAUAAAAACCAUCAUCAAGCGGUGACGGAAGCUACAGAUGUGGGCCAACGUUUACAGUUGCCCAAGGAAAAAGAAGAGGCUAAACUCGGCGACAACUCAAAUGUGAUAAAAGGCAACGAUGAGGAGCACCAGAUUGUGUUGGACAAACAUUUCGUUUUGCCCAAACGUAGCUGUCGUUCAUCGCGUCUAAUCAAACCCAAUAAGCGUUUGGUUGAAGAUUCAAUAUUGGGCAAGAAACCCACACUAAAAUCAAAUCUCAAUUCCAGCUUGGCAAGCUCCUCAGCCACAGCAGCAGCUGUGGCACAGGUCAAAGAGGAAAAAUCUCCGGGAAUUACGCUGCAAACCAACUAUUUUGGUUUGGGUGGUGACUACAAGAGCAAGGAAUGCAAUGGUCUGAUGGGUUCCAAAUCCUCCAAAGAUGGCGAUACCUUGAAACCUUCAGCCUUUGCCGCAGCCACUUCCAAUGUUUUUUCCAAUUUUGGCAACGUCAAUAGCCUGCUAAGCUCCUCGACCUCCACGUCAUUGUCGUCGUCAUCAUCAUCGACAUCCACAAAACCCAGUAGUUUUAUUUUAAGACAACCCCGCCUUCAAUUUGAAUCCUUAUCGGCAACGGCUGCCUCAACCCCAGCCAGUAGCACCACACCCAGUGCAGCAGCAGCGUCGGCAAUAAGUACCAGUGAUCGAAGCAAUGUCAAUGUUUCAGCUGCAGCAGCUUUAGCCCUAUCAGCCUCCCUACCCAAAUCUCUGCUACAGGCAAUAUCAUCGUCAUCAUCUUCACCCAAUAGCAGUGGUACGGCGAACUCCGGUUCUACGGCUUCAUCACCUGCCUCGGCAUUGUCAUUACUAUCGCCCACAUUUUCCUUAAACCACAGUAGCAACAACAACAACGGUGGCAGUUCUUUGAAAAAUAAUACUAGUACAGCUUCUUUAUCCUCACUUUCGGCGGGAACUUCCACCUCAGCAACCAGUAUCCUAUGUGUGGUGUGUUCCUCACCCAUACACACAAAAAAUCUACCACAAGCCUCAAAAUAUGGUCAGCUAAGCUGUGAAUAUUGCCGUAAAUUUAUAUCGAAAAUUGCCAAGAAAUCUCUUGCCAUAAAAAAUUCUGCAAUUAAUAAACCCAUUAUACCGCAGUGUAAAGUGGAUGGAAAUUGCCCUAUAACGCCUUUGAACAAAGGCAUUCACAUAAAAAACUUCAAGAAACUCUACAAGGAACGCUGUGGUCUCUGCUGGCUCAAGAAAUGCCUGCACACUCUACAAUUGCCCAAAGUGAGGCUAAAUGCUUUGUUACCUGUCCUUAAUGCUGUUAUUGGGGGAAACAACUCCGCCACCAGUGGCAGCAUCAGCAAUAACAACAAUAGCAAAAACAAUAAUCUCAUAGAAAUGAAAAUCCGCAAAGACAUGGAGCUGUUGGAGACGGCGAAAUUAUCCAUUAAUUGGAAAGCGACACCAAUACCCAAGGAAGUGAAUACCUCCCCAAGUAUUUCCACAUCAACUCCUCCAGCCUUGAAUGGUGGUAAAUCCAGCAUAAAAUCAAAUUCCAUUGGUGCUGAUGUUGGUGGUGUGACUUUUGGCAGCUUACCUCUGCUGAGACCGGCCAUUUUGGAAAAACCCUCAUUGAUUAAACCCUCUUCUCUGAUGGAAACAAAAUUGGAACUUUCCGAGAAGUUGGAUAAGAAACCCUUGGAAAUAUUGAAAGAUGUUAAGCUAGAAAUACCGCCUGCAUCAUCAUCAUCAUUGGAAACAACGACACCUAGUACAAAUAAACUAAAACCCAAGGAGAAGAAGGACCGCAAGGAUGUUAAAAUCAAAGAAAUGCCCUCGCCCAAAAUGGAGGAGAAGCUAAAGGAUUCCAAGGAAAUUAUUGAAAAGUCAGAGGUCAUGGAAGGCAUAACAACUACCACUACUGCGGGAGCAACAGCCUCAAUGGCCCUGGAAAAUAGUUCCUUAACAGUGAAUGGUUGCCCGGCAUUGCUUGCGACCCCACCACCUAGUGGCACAAGCUCCAGUGGCGGCCCCAAUGCCCCUGGUGGUGUGUCAUCCGACAAACGCCAACGCAUUGAUUUAAAGGGUCCCCGGGUAAAACAUGUCUGUCGCAGUGCCUCCAUUGUAUUGGGCCAACCCUUGGCCAUGUUUGGUGAGGAUGAGGAACAGCAGGAGCAUCAAGAGGGUGUGAUGACCGCAGAAGAUAAUAUUCCCAGUUUACCCACUGAAAAUGUUGUGGAAAAAUCUCCCCUAACCGAUGAAAAUGAUAAUUGUGCCUCGUGUAAGACCCAGCAAUUGGAUAGCAGCAAACCCGAAGACAUUAGAACAGAACAACCACCUCCCUUAAAGGUGGCCAAAAUGGAGGUUAGCACGGCUGGCGGCCAAACUAGUACCAUCAGCAACACAACAACCACCACCAGUGUGACCACGACAACAACAACAUCUACGGCGGUGGCCACCACAAGAUCCAGUGUUUUAACCACCUCGAAAUUGUCGCAAAGACCCCAUCACUACAACACCCAUCUGACAACGGGCUAUAAAAAUAAAUUCAGCUCUCAAAUGGUGGCCACAAAUUCCUCCUCCCUUGCGACAGCAGGGGCCCUUGCCAGUGCCAAUGGCCAGCGACAGCGUAAGGACCCCCUGGCCGCCAGCAAAUGUAAACUCCUGAUAUCCAUUGAUUUUUGGGAAAACUAUGAUCCGGCUGAGGUAUGCCAAACUGGUUUUGGCCUUAUCAUCACCGAAACUGUGGCGCAGCGCGCUCUUUGUUUUCUCUGUGGUUCCGCCGGCCAGGAUCCCUUGAUAUUUUGUGCCUGCUGCUGUGAACCCUAUCAUCAGUAUUGUGUCCAGGAUGAAUUCAAUCUUAAACAUGGCUCCCUCGAUGAAACAUUGCUGCUAAAUGAAAGUUGUCUCAGUAUUACGGCCAGUGGUGCAGGUGCGGGUGGAACGAGUACCAAUACAGCCAUUGCCAAAUUGAAUUGGCUAUGUCCACGUUGUACGGUCUGCUAUACGUGCAACAUGUCUUCCGGUGCCAAGGUGAAGUGUCAGAAAUGUCAAAAGAAUUAUCAUUCGACAUGUUUGGGUACCAGCAAACGACUGUUGGGUGCCGAUCGCCCUUUGAUCUGUGUCAAUUGUUUGAAAUGUCGUUCCUGUUCCACCACCAAGGUAACCAAAUUUGUGGGCAACCUUCCCAUGUGUACCAGCUGUUUUCGUUUGCGCAAGCGUGGCAAUUUUUGUCCGGUCUGCCAGAAAUGCUAUGAUGAUCAGGAUUUCGAUUUGAAAAUGAUGGAAUGUGGCGACUGUCAUCAAUGGGUUCAUGCCAAAUGUGAGACGCUAACAGAUGAGCAAUACAAUCUACUGAGUACCCUACCCGAAUCCAUAGAAUUCAUAUGUAAACGUUGUUCUCGAAAGUCGCCAGAGGCUAAGCAAAGGGCCAAUGAAUGGCGGGAGGCGGUGCGCGAAGAAUUCCAAUCGAAUUUGAUGAGUGUCCUAAAGCUGUUGAGUAAGUCGAGGCAGGCCUGCUCCUUGCUGCGUUUAAGCCCCCGGAAACAAAUGAAGUGUUCCUGUGGUGGUGGUGCCGCCAAUAACAACAACAAUGGCAGUAACUCCAAAUAUCAACCCAAAUCCCUGCAGUUCAAUCAAGACUCCCAAAAUCCCCCCAGCAGCACAAAUCUAAAUAUUGAUGUCUAUGAAUUUGAUGACCAGGAAAGGGACACAGAAGCCAUGGCCCCACCCCUGCCCUUGGCUUUGGAAAAGAAAUGUGUUUGUAAUUCAAAUUCCAGUAGCCAUGCAAAUGGUGGCUCCACCUCCUCCUCCUCGUCGUCAUCCACAUCGGCUGCCAAUCAAAAUCUGAGUCUGGUGGAAAUCAAACAAAAAAUCACCUCGGACAAAUAUCAAUCCCUGGCUGAGUUCCAUUACGACAUGUCCAUGGUAAUACACCAGGCCAAUUGUGAUGAACUGGAAAUUGUUUACAAGGAAUUGUUGUCGGAACAAUUUCCCUGGUUUCAAAAUGAGACUCAGGCCUGUACGGAUGCCCUGGAGGAGGAUAUGUAUGAGACAUCGGGAGGGGCCUAUGGUAUCAACACCUCCCUGGAUACGGAAAAUGAUUAUCAAAUGGAUUGUCUGCCCACGGCCGAGGAACAACAUGAAGAGGCCCAAAGAUCGGCUCUAUUGGCUGAGUUGCCCCAGGAUUUGGAAGAUCAAAUGUAUGGCAUCAAAUCUCGGACAGAUUCAAGAAUAUGUCUGUUUUGUCGCCGCAGUGGAGAGGGUUUGCCCCAGGAGGAGUCGAGGCUGUUAUAUUGUGGCCACGACUGUUGGGUCCACACCAACUGUGCCCUGUGGUCGGCCGAGGUAUUUGAGGAAAUCGAUGGCUCUCUGCAAAAUGUACAUUCCGCUGUGGCCAGGGGCCGAAUGAUCAAGUGUUCGGUUUGUGGCAACAGAGGGGCCACUGUGGGCUGCAACAUCAAGUCGUGUGGCGAACAUUAUCACUAUCCCUGUGCCCGAUCGAAAAAUUGUGCAUUCCUGGCCGAUAAAUCCAUGUAUUGUCCGGCCCAUGCUCCCAAUAGUUCACAGAGUGCAGAAUUUGAGACACAGUUCGAGGUUCUGCGUCCCGUCUAUGUGGAGUUGGAAAGAAAACGCAAAAAACUGGUGGAACCCUCUAAGGUCCAGUUUCACAUUGGCUCUUUGGAGGUGAAACAAUUGGGUCAUAUUUUGCCACGAUUCUCCGAUACCUAUGAGGCUUUGGUCCCAGUGAACUUUUUGUGUUCCCGCCUUUAUUGGUCCUCCAAGGAGCCAUGGAAAAUUGUGGAGUACACCGUAAGGACUUAUAUUCACAACUCCUCGAGUUCCAGUUUGAGCUCCUCUUGUUUGGAUAUGGGCAAGAAUUUUACGGUUGACCAUAGCCAAACAAAUACCGCCCUCAUCCAUUUGGGUUUGACGCAGAUACAACAAUGGCAUUCCAGUCUGAAUAAGGCCACCGAUUAUGAUAAUGCCCUGGAGGAUUAUGAGUAUUUGCAAGGUUUCAGUAACACCAGUCAUCAUUCUAACCAUCCGGAGCAAACGAACACCGCCGCCGAUGAGGAACCUCAAAACAAUGCUGAUCUUUUGCCCCCUGAAAUUAAAGAAGCCAUAUUUGAAGAUUUACCCGGUGACCUAUUGGAGGGUAUUUCCAUGUUGGAUAUUUUUACGAAAUGUAUGAACUAUGAAGACAUGGUCCAGGGUGAACAAACUCCCCUCACCGAUGAGGAUACCAUGACCUCCAUUGGGGCAUUUACCAAACAAUUGACAGCGGAAUUGAAUAAUGGUUGGCCAGUAGCGGCAGCGGCGGCGGGUGGAGCCAAUAGUGCUACCAGCGAUGAUGCCCUAUUUUCCAGUAGCCAAGCAGCGGCAGCCGUAAAGUUGCAGAAACUCAAGAAAUCCUCCUCGCCCAUCAUCAAUUGUGGCGAUGUCAAUGCCAAACAUGCCAUCAAGCGUAGGAAAAUCUCGGAAAAUAUGCUCAUCACCUUUAAUCAACAGCAUCAACAGAGGUCCCACAAAUCGAAAGAGACAAAUGUACGUCUGGAAUCCUCCAAUAAACGUAGUUUUACCUGGAGUGCAGAGAAACGUUACAAUCUGGAGACAUCUACCGCAAGUGGCGAUUCCAAAUUGAAAAUCAUGCAGGUUGAUGGUGUGGAUGAUUCGGUAACGGAGUUUCGUUUUAUACCCCAGGAUAAUACGGCCAUCAAGUGUGAAAGGUGUCAGUGUACCUAUCGCAAUUUAGAGGGUUUCCAACGACAUUUGGCGACAUGUAGCACCGGGGGUGGGGAAUCUGAAACCCCAGAGGGUCAAAACACAACAACAACGGGUAUUACUCUGGAACAAUUACAGGAAUUAAAUAAUAAACUACAACAACAACAAAGAGCUGCCUCCCAGCUACCUUUCCUGCAAGCCAUACCCACCACCAAUCAAACGUUGCAGCAACAGCUUCAGGGUCUCCAAGCGGCGGCGGCGAUACCCCAAUUGCAAUUGCAAAAUGUACAACAACUGCAAAAUCUACAACAAUUACAACAACUACAGCAACUGACCCAGGCUGCGGCCACGGCUCAACCCCAAUCCUUGGGUGGGAAUUUCUUUAUAUCCACCACCGCCAAUAACCAGCCAGAGGUGGUGAAUAAUCCCACAACGGCAGAUUUACAGCUAUAUGCCAAUGCUUUGCAGGGUCUGACAGCCAAUUUGAAUGGCACCACCUUUACACUACAACCCACGGCGGGCACAGCGAAUCACACCUUUGCCCAAGCUCCUGCGGCUGCUCCCCAACCAACUGGCCAACUUUUGGCCCUCUCAACCAAUGCCGAUGGUAGCCAACAAAUUAUACAACUACCCGCCCACAAUACCAGCACCCCUGCCACAUAUCAAACCCUGCAGGCCACCAAUACCGAUAAGAAGAUCAUUCUCCCGGUGGGUGGGGGAAAACCCAUGAAAACCAUGGCCACGAAGGCAGCCCAACAGGCGGCUGCUAAAAAUAAGCUGAAGGCCACAACGGCCGUGAAACCUUUGCAGUCAAAGGUACAGCUGGGACAACAGACCACCACCACCUCGACCAACAAUAACCCAAACACGCUGAACAACAACACCAACAAUGCAGCGACGGCCGCCGCAGCAGCUCAGCUGCUAAAUCAACAGAUUCUACAACAGCUGCAGCAGCAGGCCCAGGUCCAAGCCCAGCAGAAUGCCAACAACAAUGCCACCACGCCGCAGAUUGUCUUUCAGACAACCAGCGCCAAUCCAGGGCAGCCGCAGAUUAUCAUGCAACAGCCGCAGCAAAAUAUCAUAUCCUUUGUGACCACCAGUACCGAUGGUGGUCAACAGCAGCCCCAGUUCCAGUAUGUUACCCUGCCCACAACAAAUAAUCAGCAAAUCUUUGCCACCACAAAUGGACAUCAUCAUCAUGGCCAUACGCAUGCCCAGCCUCUAAUGCAGUCGGCCUAUUUACAGACCGAUGCCAGUGGAAAUUUAGUGCUGACCAGUGGACCGCCCACGGCAGCGCCCCAGGCUCCCACUCCCCUGCAAUUGCUUACCGGUCCAGGGUCCCAAGUGAUUGGUACGCUCAUACAACCACAAACAUUGCAGCUACAGGGCGGAAAUGUUCUCACCGCUGAGGGGCUAACACAAAACGGUGGUGGAGCCACAACCCAAACUCAGCAACAGGUUAUCAUUAGCAAUGGCACCACAGCGGGAGGUCCUGGCGGCGGAGGUACGGCAACGGGUCUCGAAAUGUUGGCUCAGCCAACAGCCACUCCACAACUGGUACUCGCGGCCGCCACCACCAAUAACCCACCCAUGUAUUAUGGUCUGGAGACAAUUGUCCAGAACACUGUGAUGUCGUCACAGCAAUUCGUCUCCACCGCCAUGCCGGGGGUUUUAAGUCAAAAUGCCAGCUUUUCGGCCACCACCACCCAGGUAUUUCAGGCCAGUAAAAUUGAGCCUUUGGUGGAUAUACCAGCAGGAUAUGUGCUGCUCAAUAAUGUGGAUCCCAAUCAGGCGGCGGCAGCUAUUUUGCAAAGUCAACAGCCUCAGGCGGCAACCAAUCAGGGGGUGAAUCAACAGGCUGCGGCCAAUCAGGCCAGUUUUAUACAGGCUGCCCUGCAACAACAGGCGGCAGCCGCAGCUGCAGCCAAUCUGGUAGAACAACAACAGCAGCAGCAGCAACAACAACACCAGCAAAAUCUCUAUCGCCAGGCGGCGGCAGCAGCGGCCUAUCCUCAGAUUGUGGUAACACCAAAUCUCACCCAGCAGCAACAGCAGCAGUCACAACAGCCGCAGCAGGUGACCUUGAAUGCCAGCACACUUCAGAAUCCUGCACAGGCCACCACAACAACCUAUGUGGAUCCCAAUACGGGCACCGUGUACAGUGCCAAGGUAACACCCAUGGCUGCCCAGGUGAAACGGGGCAAGGCCUCGGCAGCUGCCACACCCAUGGCGGCGGCCAAUAUUACGAAGGUCCAGCCGCAGCAGGUGGUUGUCAACAAGGUAAUGCCAAAUGUGGCCCAGCUUAGCAACAUACAGACGUCGCAACAGCUCCAGCAACAACAGCAAGUUUCGGUGGCAACCCCACAACAACAACCGGCUCUGAUUUUAAAUGGCAAUCAAAAACCCAAACAAGCGCCUGCCAAUAAAAUAAAUCCGGUGGUACAACAACAACAUCAAGGAAAUGUCAACUCCCUGAAAUCCCAACAAAACCAAGAAAUUGCGGUUGGCAGUAACAACAACAACGCCAACAAAAAGACCAAUAUGAUAAGGCCCCUCAAUAAGGCCGAGGUUAAGCCAAAGGUUAUGAAAACGGCCACAGCCACCAUGGUGACCAAGGCCAACAACAACACAAAUAGCCACAACAACACCAAUGCAAUUCUAAAUCCCAACAACAAAAUGAUCAUACUCAAACCCCAGCAGCAACAACAACAACAACAACAUCAGCAACAAUCACAAAUUCAAAUCGAGUCAAAUCUCAGUCAAUUGGAGGUCCGAACUAAUAUUACCCUGGAGCCGGCAACCAUGACCCUGGUGGAUAAUAAUAAUCUUGGAAAUAAUCCUGCAAUUUUGGGACACCAUAAUAAUGCUGAACAUGUCCUGAAUUCGGAAAUUCAAGGUCUUCAACAGACUACACAGCAACUUGUCCCACAGCAGCAUCAGCAGCAACACUACAAUGUGGCGGAUAACUUGCUGAUGGAGGAAAAUCCUGGACAAACUACCCUCACACAUUGUUCCUUUUCCAAUAAUCUGGCGAAUUUUGAAACUCACAACUCCCAGCAACAACAACAACAACAACAAUCCAUACCAACAAAUAAUGAGACCAGCAACACAACCCAUCAAAUUCUACCCACCAUCCAGAGGAUGCCCCAAUAUACCAACAUAAAUAUUGUCAAUCCCUUGCAACAAUAUUCAGCCGCCACAACAACAACAGCUUCUAGCCUCUCCACACUAAGUAACUCCUCGACCACCACCACCACAGUUACCAGGCCCACAAAUCGGGUAUUACCCAUGCAACAGAAAAUCUCCAAUAACAGCACCACCACCACCACUACAAACACCCUGAACAGCAACACCUCCUCCGCAAUCAACAACAACAAUUUUGAACAACAUAAUCCAGUGUUAGGUAAUUCGGUAGCCGGUGGCUUUUGUACAACCUCAACCAUAACCACCACGAGUAGUACAACAACCAGUAGCCUUAACUCUUCCACGCAGGAUUUGAACUCCCAUUCCAAUCUCAGCAUGGUGGAGGAAUCAAUGAAAAAUCAUGGCCUGAAUAAAAUUGCCUAUGAGGCAGAGGUUAAACAGAUGUUGCUGCACUCUCCCAAUCCCCAGCAGGAUUCGGCGAUACAACAACAACAGCAAAUGCAACAACAACAUGUUAUGUAUUUACAGCAGGAGGCAGCGGCAACACCCAUAACCCUAAUGUCAGCCAAGGUUUCACCACCCACACCCAACAGCUUGGCCAGUUAUGAGGAGUUAAACAACAAGGCUGAGGACAACUCCAAGCUCUGCUAUGUUCCCCAGGUGCCAUGCAACAAUUACAUGGAGGAGCAGCCGGCAAAUAAUAUCUCCACGGCGGCAGAGGAAUGUUUGGGGGUUGAACCAAAAUUCCCGGCCGAGGGAGAAAUUAUUUUGUCAUCCCAAAAAGAGAAUGGACCUGAGGCCUUGGGCAUAGCAGCCCAGAACCUCAUGGAUAUGCCGGGACAACAACAGGCAGAAAAUCCCUUAGCCGAAAAUAAUGACAACCACGAUGCUGUGAAUGCUGGGGAGGAGGAAGAGGACGAUGACGAGGAGGAUGAUGAUGGUUUUAGUUUGAAAAUGCCCUCCACAAAUUGUUCCGACAAUCUCUCCAUGGACAGCGAUGAACCAGCCGUCAAAGAGAAGAUCAGUAAAAUUCUCGACAACCUAACCAAUGAGGAGUGUGCGGAAUCUUUGAAUACCCCCAAUACCACCACGCUAGAGGCCUCCACGGCUGGGGACUUGCAUUCCCAGAACAAUGAAGAACAAACGUAUCUAACAAACUCCCAACAACAACUGCAUACCUCUCCCGAACAACAACUUGCCACGGCGACAGAUUUCUACAAUUCCCGAACACCCGAAGAAACUUCAGCCCUGUUGGCCGAUGUUGAAUUGGCCGUGGAAAACAUCAAGGAAAAGCUACAAGAACCCUCUAACCAAUAUCAUCAGCUCAGCAAUAACCAUGCCACAGCAGCUGCUGUGGUAGAAGAACUCAUCGAAAAUCAUGUUGCAGCUGGGCAACAAGGUCCCAUGACCAGCAGCAGCAUCAUUCCACCACCCAGUCAACCACCACCCACAAGGCAACCCAAACGGGUGAGUGGACCUCAUCUGCUCUAUGAAAUACAAAGUGAAGAUGGUUUCACCUACAAAUCCACCUCCAUUGCUGAGGUAUGGGAGAAGGUGUUUGAGGCGGUACAGGUUGCCCGCCGGGCCAAUGGUUUGGCUCCGCUACCCGAAGGACCCCUGGCCGAUAUGAGUGGUGUGCAAAUGAUUGGCCUCAAAACCAAUGCUUUGAAAUAUCUCAUCGAACAGCUACCCGGAGUGGAGAAAUGCAACAAAUACACACCCAAAUAUCAUAAGAGGAAUCACAGUGGUUCCAGCAGCAGUAGUGUCAGUAACUAUUCCACUCAAUCCCAUUUGAGUGGUAGUCUGUCGGCUCUGUGUUCCACCAGUUCCCUGAGCAAUUCCUCCAUGGGAGUUGGAGGCCCCAGCUGCCUGGAUGUUGAUGGCAAUAGUUUGGAUUACAAUUCCGAGCAGGAGGAACUCAAUGAAAAUCCCUACGAUUGUGCCCGAUGUGAACCCUACUCGAAGCGUUCGGAAUAUGACAUGUUUAGUUGGCUGGCCUCCAGGCAUCGUAAACAACCGGUACAGGUGUUUGUACAACCAUCGGAUAAUGAAUUGGUGCCAAGGCGCGGCACUGGCAGCAACCUUCCCAUGGCCAUGAAAUAUCGCACACUGAAGGAAACCUACAAAGAUUAUGUGGGCGUUUUCCGCUCCCACAUACAUGGCAGGGGCCUGUACUGUACAAAAGACAUUGAGGCUGGUGAAAUGGUCAUUGAAUAUGCUGGUGAAUUGAUCCGUUCCACCCUAACCGAUCAGCGUGAACGUUACUACAACAGCCGAGGCAUUGGCUGUUAUAUGUUCAAGAUCGAUGACAAUUUAGUUGUAGAUGCCACCAUGCGUGGCAAUGCAGCCAGAUUUAUAAAUCAUUCAUGUGAGCCCAAUUGCUAUUCCAAAGUUGUAGAUAUCCUGGGCCACAAACACAUAAUUAUCUUUGCUUUGCGACGCAUUGUCCAGGGCGAGGAGUUAACCUAUGAUUACAAAUUUCCCUUUGAGGAUGAGAAAAUUCCAUGCUCCUGUGGUUCCAAGAAAUGUAGAAAGUACUUAAACUAAAGAAAAAAGCCUAACGUGAUUAAAAGUGAUUUGAAUGAAAACAAAAACAAGAAAACCUUUUUAUUAUUAUCAUAUAUAACGAUUAUGUAUUAUGUAAUUGUGUGUAAUUUAUAAAUCUAUAUAUUUAUAUACUCAUUAGUUUAAUGUUGAAUGCCGUAAACCAUGCCAUGCAGAGCAAAACAAAAAAAGCAAAAACCACAAAAAAUGAGAAUUUUAAAAAUACCAGAAAAAAGGCAACGAAAAUUUAUUUCCUUUCAAAAUGUUAUAAACAAAAGAAAAAUAUAAAAGUUAUAUAUAUAUGGAAUCUACUAUUUCCCCCCUCUCCCUACAGAAAAGAAAACUAACUUCACCCGAUGGAGAUUGUAUGUAAAAUUGUAUUUUGUAUUUAAACAUAUACCAUUUCUAAGUGCGUGGUGGUAUUGAUAAUGAUAUUAACUAUUAUUAUUAUUUUUGUAUAAAUGUUAAGUAACUUUAGAAAUCUAUGAGAAAAAGAAAAUUGCAACAGUAUUCCGAAAGAAAAAAACAUAGUAGAAAAUCUAAACUUUUUAAUAUUAAAAACUACUAUUUAAAAAAAACAUGUAAUGUUAGUUUGAAAAACUAAAGCUAAACCUAGAAAUGCUACAGAAAAUCUAAAAACAAAAACAUUUCACUUAAGCUUCUUUCCAUUCAUAUAAUUUUUUUGGUUUACAAUUUUGUUGAGAAGAGAACAAGAAAUUUAAAAUGUGUAGCUUAUAAAAUUAAUUAAUGUGACGAAAUGGGGGAGGCAAAGACAAAUUUUGGAGAUAAAUAGGAGAAUGAGAGCAAUCAGGAAGAUUUUGAGGAGAUGUAUUAAAAUCAUUUGGAUUUUUUUUCUAUCGCAAAAAACCUUCCUCCGUUCCUGAGGAAAUUUUUUUCUAUCGCAAAAAACCUUCCUCCGUUCCUGAGGAAAUUUUUUUCUAUCGCAAAAAACCUUCCUCCGUUCCUGAGGAAAUUUUUUUCUAACGAAAAAACCUUCCUCCGUUCCUGAGGAAAUUUUUUUCUAACGAAAAAACCUUCCUCCGUUCCUGAGGAAAUUUUUUUCUAACGAAAAAACCUUCCUCCGUUCCUGAGGAAAUUUUUUUCUAACGAAAAAACCUUCCUCCGUUCCUGAGGAAAUUUUUUUCUAACGAAAAAACCUUCCUCCGUUCCUGAGGAAAUUUUUUUCUAACGAAAAAACCUUCCUCCGUUCCUGAGGAAAUUUUUUUCUAACGAAAAAACCUUCCUCCGUUCCUGAGGAAAUUUUUUUGCUAAAGAAAAAACCUUCCUCCGUUCCUGAGGAAAUUUUUUUGCUAACGAAAAAACCUUCCUCCGUUCCUGAGGAAAUUUUUUCUAACGAAAAAACCUUCCUUCGUUCCUGAGGAAAUUUUUUUCUAUCGGAAAAAACCUUCCUCCGUUCCUGAGGAAUUUUUUUUCUAACGAAAAAACCUUCCUUCGUUCCUGAGGAAAUUUUUUUCUAUCGGAAAAAACCUUCCUCCGUUCCUGAGGAAAUUUUUUUCUAACAAAUAAACCUUCCUCCGUUCCAGGGGAAAUUUUUUUCUAUCGGAAAAAACCUUCCUCCGUUCCUGAGGAAAAUUUUUUUCAAUUGCAAAAAACUUUCCUCCGUUCCUGAGGAAAAUGUUUUUCUAACGAAAAAACCUUCCUCCGUUCCUGAGGAAAUUUUUUUCUAACGAAAAAACUUUCCUCCGUUCCAGGGGAAUUUUUUUUCUAACGAAAAAACCUUCCUCCGUUCCAGGGGAAAUUUUUUUCUAACGAAAAACCUUCCUCCGUUCUAGGGGAAAUUUUUUUCUAUCGAAAAAACCUUCUCCUAUAGGCACUAUAAGACCUCUUAGGAUUGUUUUGGAACUCUUCACUCUUCUCAUCCUUUGACUUAUCCCUGAUUUUAUUUGCAGCCCCUCAUUUUGUCACACCCUGUCUAUAUACUUUAUAAAAAUGCAAACAAUUUUAAAAAUCUAUACAUAUACAUAUAUAAAUAUAUAUUUAUUAUAAUGCAUAUAUAUAUAUAUAUAUAUAUACAUACGAAAAACAAAAUGUGAGAAAAACCUACUAAAUAACCAAUUGUGUAAUUGUUAUUAAGUUUACAAACAUCUCUACAAAAAAAAAUAAAUUAAAGAAAAAAAUAUAAUAAUUUAAAAAAAAGAAAAUUGUAUCCUUAUUACUAUAUAUAUAAACUUAUACAUAUGUAUGUAUAAAAAAUGAAAAGAUAAUAUUUUUAAUUAAGUAUUUUAGUUUUUUUUUUGUGUAUGAAGACAAUGAUUAUUAAAGCCGGAUAGAAGAUUAUAAGCGUUUAUUAUAAAUGUUAAUGGUAUUUUUAAUUUUUAAUGUUUUUUUUAAUAUUUUCUCUAUCGAAAGUUUUGUGUUUUUUAAGGGUCUAACAAUGUAAAGUGCAAAUUUCAAAUUGCUUUCACACUCUCGUAAUCCGUUCAAAUAAUUGUUCUUAUUAUUUUAUGAUUAUUAUUAUUAAUAUAAAACAAGAAAAAAUAUUAUAAAUAUAAAAAAUCUGUAAAUCUUUUAUUUUUGUAAUUUUUAAGUAAUUAGCAAUUUUCAUGUAUUAUUUGCUAAUUUAUUCCCAAUUUUUAUUUUAGUUCUGUGUAAGCUAUUCUUUUGUAAAGUUAAAUGAGAAACAUUUUUACAGGGGUUUUUCAAAAAAAAAAAAAAAGAAAAUUUGAUUGUUUGCUUGUAAAUAUAAAAGAAAAAAAAAAAAGAAAAAUGAAAUUGAAAAAAGAAACAUCAAAAUAUAAUUAUUUUUAAUCUUUAUAUAUAAUUUUAUUUUAUAAUUAUUAUUAUUAUUUUUUUUGUAAUAAUUUUCCCUUUAGCACAUAGUCUACAAAACAAACAAACCGCAACUAUAAUAAUUAAAAAAACAAAAACAAAACAAAAAUACUAAACUAAAUCUCUCUUUUUUGUUAUAACAUUUUAAUGAAUGAAUGAUAAAUGAUAAUGAUGACGAUAUAUAUACAUAAAAUCUAAAAAAAAUAUAUAUUAUUACAAUAACAAAAGUACACUAAAAAUACAAAGCAAAACAAACUAACUAAUAUUAUUCUUAAAAUUAAAAUUAACAAAAAAACUUAACAAACGUACACACACAUCACAUGUAACCGAAACUUUUCUUUUGGAAAAGGUCCAGGUUAUGAAGCGCGGAGAAGAAGAGAAAGAAAACUACUUUCAUAAAAAUAAAAUAAAAAGAAAUCAUAACUAAAAAA